AUGACUUCGAAACUUCUCUGGGUGUGCUUUAUACUUACUACAUCAACAUUCUCAACUUCAUUUUCUCUCCAACCAGACCAACCAAAGGUUCUGCUAGUUGCUUUCGAUGGAUUCCGUUGGGAUUACUUAUAUAAAGUCCCAACGCCCCAUUUUCACUAUGUUAUGAAAUAUGGUGUUCAUGUGAAGCAAGUUACUAAUAUUUUUAUUACCAAGACAUACCCUAACUUUUAUACUAUGGUAACUGGCCUCUUUGCAGAGAGUCAUGGGAUUGUUUCAAAUGACAUGUUUGAUCCCAUUCUGAACAAGUCUUUCUCCUUGGAUCACAUGGAUAUUUACGAUUCUGAGUUUUGGGAAGCAGCAACUCCAGUAUGGAUAACAAACCAAAGAGCAGGUCAUAGUAGCGGUGCAGCCAUGUGGCCUGGAACAGAUGUGAAUAUACACGAGAGCCUCCCUACUCACUACAUGCCUUAUAAUGAAUCCGUUUCAUUUGAAGACAGAGUUGCCAAAAUAAUUGAAUGGUUCACAGCAAAAGAACCUAUUAAUCUUGGUCUUCUCUAUUGGGAGGACCCAGAUGACAUGGGCCACCAUUUGGGGCCUGACAGCCCGCUCAUGGGGCCCGUCAUUUCAGAUAUUGACAACAAGCUAGGAUAUCUCAUAAAAAUGUUAAAAAGGGCAAAGCUGUGGAGUACUCUGAACCUAAUCAUCACAAGUGAUCAUGGAAUGACACAAUGCUCGGAGGAAAGAAUAAUAGAACUUGACCAGUAUCUGAAUAAAGAUGACUAUAUGCUGAUUGAUCAGUCUCCAGUAGCAGCCAUCUUGCCAAAAGAAGGUAAAUUUGAUGAAAUCUAUGAAGCCCUAGUUCAUGCUCAUCCUAAUCUUACUGUAUUCAAAAAAGAAGAAAUUCCAGAAAGAUGGCAUUACAGAUACAACAAUCGAAUUCAACCCAUCAUCGCAGUGGCCGAUGAAGGAUGGUAUAUUUUCCAGAAUAAGUCAGAUAACUUUCUGUUAGGUAACCAUGGUUAUGAUAAUGCACUACCAGAAAUGCAUCCAAUAUUUUUAGCCCGAGGUCCUGCCUUCAGACGGAAUUUCACAAAAGAUUCCAUGAACUCCACAGAUCUUUACUCACUGUUGUGCCACCUCCUCAAUAUCACCGCCAUGCCGCACAAUGGAUCAUUCCAGAAUGUCCAGGAUCUUCUCAAUGCAGCAACUCCUUACGUCAAGAGUACUACACUACUCCAUUGUAAUAACAAACAAAAAGAAUAUAAGCGAGAAAACUCAUAUGAUUAUUUCAUAGGAGUCUCUCUAGGUAGCAUUAUAGUUAUUGUCUUUUUUGUAAUUUUCUUUAAACAUUUAAUUCGCAGUCAGAUACCUGACUUACGAGAUAUGCAGGCUGAAAUAGUUCAACCACUACUACAUGCCUAA